UGUGCGCCGGCUCAGUCCACUCGUAAGAUUCGUCGGGACGAAACGAGUUUUCGACAUGUGCUUUAGUAAAAGAAAGAACAAAAGUGUGUCCGAUUAUUCAACGAUUGUCGAUAUCGGACUUUAAUUUUUGCAAUAUUCUUAACUGUCCUAUUUUCUCGAUGAUAACGAGAUAUGAUUGGAAUAUGGAGUGUAAUUACUGAAAUUAAAUUUAUUAUUGUUACCAAGAGACAUACGUGAAUCAGGAAUAUGUGAAAGGAAGUGAAAUUUAUUGUUGCCGUGGCAGAGAAAUCUUUUGUUGGACAUGCGAAAAGGGGUAAAAAAUCAGUCUUCAACUAUUUUGCGCGACGCGAGAAUCUCUAAAAAUAGAAAUUGUUACAACGCAACAGCGUAACAAUUUGUCGCAAUUUUAGAUACACUUUUGCCGAGGGAAAACUUUUUGCAAAAUUCGUCAAAUAGAAUUUUUUUCGAACGAGAGAUACAAUGGUGGUAUGAUAACGGUGCGUGAUAACGUGGCGGGAUUUUCUCACCUCUUGAAAAUCUAUCAUAAACAUCGACGAAAGUAAAAAGAAGUAUUAAUGAUGGAUGCGGUGAAUUCCUAUAAGCUUAUCCGCCACAAGCGGUCGGCAAAAUAGGAUUUGUUGCAAUAAUCGCUUACACUCGCUCGUCCAAUCCUUAAUCCCUUAACAACGCCAGAAAAUAUAAAAAUUUGUUAAAAAUAUUUUAUUUUAUAUUCCAUUUUUGUGGAAUAUAAAUAAAGUCGAUCUUGCUAAAAAACAUGCAAAAAUUCCAAAAUUAAAAAAAAAUAUACGUAAAGAUUAUUUAUAUUAUUAUAAAGAUAACACAUUUGAUGCGCUGCUGCCUAAAUAUAAUAUGUAGUACAUAUAAUGUGUCAUUUCGCUUUAUCUUAAAACCUUUGAUAUAUUUGAUGAGGAAAUAUCAUAAAAACAAAAAAUAAUUACUCUAAUAAAUGUUUUCCUAUUUGACGGGCGCGUAAAUAGGAGACUAAAAAGUAACAUUCAUACACGUAGUAGCGACAUAUCGAGCGCAUCAACCGUUAUUGUGAGUUCUCACCCUGAGAAGUGCUCGUCGAUGCGAAAAUGUACAAUUCAGCUCUGUUCGUCGAGGAGGCUCCAGUUGUCAUCGUCAACGUUAAAAAUAACGUUGAGGGCUUUUUACAAGUGUGAAACUUCUAGGGAAAAAUUUUUUUCCCGCAAAAAUUUCUAGGAAACUCUUAUGAAUCCUCUUUUUUGGCAACGUCGAGAUUACGUCCUAACAUACACAAUGUUCAUUCUAAAUAGAUUUUCUAUGGGUUUAUGUAAUGUGAAAAUGAUGGAUUAUCAUUAUUAAAAACAAUUUACGCCCGACUAUUAAAAAACACUUGAAAAUUUUUGUUUAUAAUUACACGUCCAAAUAGAAGCCAUAUAAAAUAUGUUUUCUUGCUAAAUAUUUUAAUAACAGUAUUAUUUAUUAAAACGGUUGUCAAAAUAUCAAGUAGUUUUCUAAAUGUCCAGGAAUUUAUAGUGGAAGUAUUACGUUAAAAGGUAUUCAAAAAACACACUUGGGAACUGGUGUUACAGACUACACCAGCUUGACAGGUAGAGCUGAUAUGGUCUGAAAAUCGUGUGGCGUGUUCAAGUCUUCAAAAGUUUGCCCACCGUAAACGUCACAAAUAUCGGAUUUAGUUGGUUGGUCUCUCCUUCCUUCUCUCCCUCCCCCCUUCUCACUCUCUCUCUCUCUCUCUCUCUCUCUCUCUCUCUCUCUCUUUCUCGCGUCGCCUCUUGCGUUUUCCCAGGUUAGUUUCGAACUCGACGUCAUUUAUCCGACGUAAAUUACGAGACGCUCGCGCGUAUAUCGCAAAACUGCGAGUAAACUAUUAUCGCGAUACUGGGAAAUGAGCACUUCGCCCGUCACGCGAUCGAAUUUGCGCGAACGCGAACGCUUGUCGCUCGACGUUAACGUGCGACUCGCCGCUUUAUGAAGUUUUUACGUCGUCGUUUCGUGCCCAUGCAAAGAUAUCGCGACGUCUUUGCAUGCGGAAUUUUUCCUUACGCCUUCGUGAAAUGUUCCUGGAUGAGGAAACAUUUUUACGAAAUAUGUAUCGCGAAAAAAUUGAAACAUCUCUCGAGCUAAGAAAAUAUUUUGCUGAAUUAUUUUACACGAAUUGAAUUCGAUCACGCUCUGACUGUUCGUUUAAUAAUUUCAACCGCGUUGCGGUUGGAGUUUUUGACGGGUAACGUUGUAAGUUGAAAGAUCUAAACGCGGCGACGCGCGGCCAUGUCCUCCGGAGGCGAUAUUCUUGGCGGGACAAACAAGGGUGAACGCACGUACCACGUACCAAGAGAGAGCGACGGCUCGCGCGACUGCACGUACUCUUCGCCCCAAAUAGAACGCGCCGCCUCGCGUCUGUUGGUAAACGCUCCGCUCUCUCGUGUGUCUCUCGAUCGCCAUCGCGCACCAGCUCGUUUUCUCCCGGUGCGAUUCCUUCGCUUAAAUACAGCCAAGGAAUGCGUGUCUACUAAAGCAGCCACAAGACGUUUCAAAUAAGAUAAUUGAAAAUACCAUCGCGCUUGUGCGAGUCCGUAAAUAUGGAUACAUUGAACUUCAACUCUUUCGAGUUUAAUAGGACAAUUACAUCACAACUGUUUCGAUGUGUUAAUCAAAUUUUUUAUCAUUUUCAAAACACGUAUAAAUUUUAAAUCUGGCUCUAAAAAAUUAACUUUGAUCAGAACAAUAAAAAAACAAUUCAAACGCAGCGAACCAAAUUAUACCUUAGUUUUGUCAAAUAUAAGGCACACAGGUUUAUUUAAUGGACAAGUUCCAGAUGAUUAGAAAUAAUUAAAAAUUCAAUUAGGUACAGAUAUCAUGUUGAAUCUUGCAAUAAUCUAUCACUCGGAUAAAAUCAAGUAGCAUCUUGAAAAUUGAUCAACAGUUACGAAAAUGUGAACUUCGCACGUGUAGAAAAGUAACUCCUCAAUCCACGCGAGGACAGGAAGCUACGAAGUGAAAAGUUCCAACGACGGCCGAAAGAGCAGUCGUUCCCUCCGCAUCCGGUUCUGACGACAGCCGGAAAAAUUAUUUUUACUUCAAUCGCGAGUGUGUGUGUUUCGUCGCAGUUGUCGCGUGUUGCUCCGACCUCACUCUAUUGUGAGCUUCUUAAAGAUUACAUUCUACAAUAUUUUUCUACGACUUCUGUGAUCAUUUUUUCCAUAUACUUGACAAGACUUUAAAGUGUUACACGGUGUUUUUUUCGUAAAAAAAAAGAAGAAACAAUUCGCUGAGUUGUUCCAAAAAUUACAAUAAAUUUGAUGAUCAUUUGGACAGUGUUUUAUUUUGGUGACAACUUCUAUCUAUAGAGCAUUGAACUUGGUGUUGCGGAAUCAACAAACGCAAGGCAAAUGUCCAAAAUGUUACGAAUAGAAUUGGUGGGCCUUCUGUUAUUGGCUUGCACGCAAAUUCUUACGGAGCAUCGCGAUUUUCAUGAUUCGCGGGAUCAAUACGGUUACCAUCAGCGCUUUCAUGACCUUCAGGAAAGAAUAACGAGGGAAGUUCGCGUCAAGGAGGGUCGAUUACGCGGCAUGGUGGUCCAACCCAGAACUAAUCACAAUUUGCAGAAGGUUGACGUAUUUCUUGGAGUUCCUUACGCGGAGCCUCCCGUGGGAUCCUUCAGAUUUUCUCCGCCUCGCUCACCACAACCGUGGAGAGGGGUGCGGCAGUCGCAGGAAUUCGCCCCAGUUUGCCCGCAAGUCUUGCCAAAUCUUCAAGAGGAAGUAAAGCCAGGCAGGUACGAGUAUCUGGAAAGACACUUGCCGUACCUGAGAAACCAGAACGAGGACUGUUUGUAUCUCAACAUCUACGCUCCUCAUCAAGCUGAGGGUCAGAAAAAUCUGAGAAGGUAUCCGGUUAUGGUGUUCAUUCAUGGUGAAAGUUUCGAAUGGAAUAGUGGUAAUCCUUACGAUGGCACUAUACUGGCGGCUUAUGGCAACAUUGUUUUUGUUACAAUUAAUUUUCGACUCGGCAUCCUAGGUUUUCUGAGACCUGGAAUUAGAGACGAUACAGCAAGCAAUUUCGGACUGUUGGAUCAAAUAGCGGCAUUGCUUUGGUUAAGGGAAAACAUCGCGGAGUUUGGCGGCGACCCUAAUAGCGUUACUUUGGUCGGCCAUGGCACUGGCGCUAUCUUUGCUAAUCUGCUUCUAAUCAGCCCAGUCGCCAACAAAAAAGGAUUGUUCAAACGAGCUAUUCUAAUGUCUGGAUCGGCAAUGAGCGCGGACGCCAUCGGCAAGGCGCCAUUGCAAAUUACCAAGCAGGUGGCGCACGCUCUCAACUGUCCCACCACCAGCGACAGCGAACUGGCGCUCUGCUUGCGCAACCAGGACGUAGACAGGCUGCUACACGUGAAAAUCCACAAGCCGAAAUACGUGCCGGCCUACGCACCGUUGAUCGACCGCGCCGUCAUCCCUGACAAGCCGCUCAAUUUAAUGGAGAACAUCCAGCUCUUUGGCAGGUUCGAUUUGAUGUACGGUAUAACAGAAUCCGAGAAAUUUCACAUCCUGCCACCAGUUGCUUUGUUACACGGCAUGCUUGAUGGACAACGAGAUGAAAUCCUACGAGACCAUGCCAAAGCGACGCAUGAGCUGGAGCCGGAGCUGAUUCUAUCGAAAGUGCUCGAGCAAUAUGGCGACUUCUCGAGUGGGUUCACGAAAGAGUACGCUACAAAGAAUCGGGACAUGGUGCUGGAGGCGCUCUCCGAUAGCGGCACCGUGGCGCCGUUAAUAAUGACUGCCAAUUUGCAUUCAAGGGCGAACCCGAAGAGCUACAUGUACGUCUUCUCGCAUCCGAAAGCUAUGCAAGACUACUCUGGCCAACAACGUCAACACACAGUGCAUGGAGAAGAGUUACCCUACGUACUGGGUGUCCCAUUAGACGGCAGCAAGUACAACUUACGAGGUCGAUACGACAUUAGGGAGACACUGUUUUCAGAGGCCAUUAUGAAUUGGUGGUGCAGCUUUGCCUAUAUCGGGAAUCCCAACGUCGCGAAGCGAUAUCCCUAUCUGACUAACGUGUUCAAAGAAUGGAGUCAAUAUGACAUCGACUGGCCAGAAUACGAUCCUGUCAAUCAAACGUAUUUCAACCUAACCAUACCACCUAACGUAGGUGCGCACUAUCGUCCGGCGGAGAUGCAAUUCUGGAAUGAGGACCUGCCCAAUCUGCUCAGGCACCCGAAUAAAGACAUUUCGGGCCCGACACGACCGAGAGGACCGCGACCGCAGAUUCUUGACUUUGCCGAUGGGAUUGGCAAAUAUGCCAACAAUACCGCCAACAAUCGGAAAUACGAAGGCUACGAUUCGAGCAGGUAUACGUCUCAGUCCACUAUUACGGACUCUAGCACAGAGAAGACGCCAUUUUCAAGUGUGGUUACAACGAGUGGGAACAUUGGGGAGGGUUCUACGCUAGAACCAAACACGUUAAAGACCUCAUCAGCAAUGAUGAUGGUGAUUCUCUUCUUAGUCGUGUUUAUACUGAUAAACUUUACGAUUUUCCUAUAUAUCUAUUAUAAGAAGCAGAACAUGAAGGGAAAAGAGAAAUCGUUGAAGAGGCGAGGCAGCGAGAAGAAAAACGACUCUGUCAAGAGGUCGAAGACUGAUAAACACGAGAACCAUUACGGCCAGCUAGGCUACAAAAGCGACAGCAAGCCAGAUUUGAACGAUGUGAUAAAAAACGACAAGGCGUACGACAACAACUCCAACUUUGGACGUAGAUCGAAGCUAUCGAGGCAGAAUUCCAGUUCCACCAUUGACACCCACAUCAAGGUUAGAGAAUGGAUUCAGCAGGAGAUCGUGCAUAGAUGUUCGCCGAGGUUCUUACGUAAAACGCGAGAAACAUUGCAGAAGGAGCAUCAGGAGAAACUAAGCAAGCAGCAGCAAGAAGAAAAGCAACGCAUAGAAGAAGAAGCGUUGAAGGAGAGGAAGGACGAGCCUAUAUACGCUGAGAGCCCGACGUUGGUUGUGCGGCCUGGAAAAAAGUCAAAAUUGCCAAAAAUUUCCGUGGCUAUUGACGCCACGCCGGCGACGAGAACAGAGUCCAUUCUGAAUCAAGUGCCGAUCGAGUUAAUGAAGAGUAUCGAAACAGCAAACGAUUACGAGUCAAGCCCACAGCUAAUGGCUCCUGAAGUAGUCGUUAUUGAGCAUCAUCACUCUAAGAGCGAUCCUUUGCCGAUGGAGAACGUUUUAAAAACAAUGAAGCCAAAUUUUUCCACUCCCAGAAUCUACGAAUCGGAUUCAGGAAGCGCGAGCAGCCUGUACGCUAAGAUUAAUCCUAAACUAAAAUCUCGUUUGCCUCGUCCUGGAUUAGGAACAAAUAUAGAAGUGCCAUUAUCUGAACAAUCAAAGUACGAAAAUCCUCACGACGAAGAGAUCUACAUGAAAACCGGAUCAAUUCUAACGACCUUUGGCACAAAUGACGUAAAUGUAACUUGUCGGGAGCCAAUCGCGGAAAGAGAAUGUAUCAGUCCUGAGGAAGCGUUAAAAACAAUAAAACGUCGAAACUAUCCCAAAGUGCUGCCAGAUAUCGAAAAAAGGCGAUCACUUCCGGCGCCGAGUAGCCUUUUUGUACCGAAACAGUACGCGAAUUCGUUGCAAGAUUAUAAGAGUGGUAAUCGCGUGAACCUGUUUUCGAAUCAGCCACCAUUACCACCUCCAAGAAUAUUUGGAACUUCCAAGAGCCUAGAGAAGAGUGGUUUCUUCGCAGAAGAAAACGAAAAUCAAAUUGAGAAUGAGCCGAUCACGACAAACCUACACGUGGGUCCGUUACUAAAAAAGCCGGACUCUGGCAAACAUAACUCGGAUCCUAAUAUAAUCGAUUCCUUGGAAGGAAAUAGAAGUGUCCAAGCUGGCGGAAGUGUGGAUGCUAUUUAUGCUAAUCCCAAGUGUCCGCUUCAUGGGAGUCAAUAUCCCUUUUCGCCGACCUCGCAGAGCGUCGAUAACGUUAUCGGCAAGUCUUCUGGAAUUUUAGACGUAGGUAACCCAAACUGGUACAAAUCGGCAGCGAGCGAAUCGUUAGCCAUAAUGACGUCGACCGCGUCGGAACCGCAAAUCGUGAUCAGCAGAAACGAGACGGUGCCAACGGUGGAACCGAAGAUCGUGAUCACUCCAAGAAUAGUUAAUCCAUGCCAAGUCAUUCAACAGCAGAGUUCAACGGCAUGUUCCGAAGAUAAAAUCGAGCACGAAUCGAAGACGAUUGAUCCAGCGCGAAAUGAAGGAUCAUCAUCGGAAAGCUCGAAUAUUUCCGGCAGUUCAAUGAUUCCGAGAGAAACGGAAAGAAGAGAGCCGCGGAUAAUCAUCGCGGCACGGGAACCGAAGAAUUGUGCCCCGAUGAACAGUCUAAAACAACCGAAGAUCAUCAUAAAGCCCACAGCGACCUUACCGAGAAGCAGGGAUCAGAGGAAUAUACCGAAGGUGUCAGCCAUACCGUCGCCGGAACAGCAGAAUUGUCAGAACAGCGAGCGAGAUAGGGCGUUGGAGCAAAGGGAAAAGCCAUCCCUGAGGGAGAAGCCGAGGGUUACGAGGAUUCCGUCGUUUUCACGCAGGAGGGAGGAGCCUGGUAUUGAAAAGCCGUCGUACGUAGAGAAGACAGAAAUCGCGCCGAGAGUGGAGGCGACGACCAGUAAAAUCACAAACGCGCCAUUGACAUCCGACACCAAGUCAGGCAUACCGACGCCAACAACAACGAUGAUGCCGAAGAGCGAGAAGACCUCCAGCACGGACUCGUCGUCCACCAGCAACGGGAAUUCCAGUAACUCGAAUACCGGUACGAUCAAACGAAAGCCGGCCAACAAGAAAUAAUUGGCGGGAGCCAAUUCGAGAGCCACGUGUUAUACCCCGUCCUAUUUCGCAAACGCGGAGAUGGAAUGCAGAUGGGUCUCUACCAUUCCGGCUAAGUAUCGAUACAGUCCCGAUGGUCCCAAUCUCUUCCACGAAACAUUCGCAAGGGUGUACGUAUUUGUAUUAGCAAUGAAAUUAACAAAACACUAUUUUCUCUCUACAUUUCAAUUUAUUCAAAUUUUUUUCUUUUUUUCUUAUUUAUAUGAUAUUGAAUCCGUAAAAUCGCAAGAUUAUCCUCUUUAGAAUUAGUUAUUUAUUAUUAUUUUAGUAUAAACGUUGCAAUAACGUGUAUUAAACUAUAUUUUAGCGACGCUAGCACAUGAUACAAUUGUAACUUUCUCUAUCAUCGUUAUUAAUCGGAUCAUGCUAUUUUUCUACGACUAAUUAGAAUUAUGCGACAAAUACAUACAUUAUCCAAUUGUAUAUCAUGUAAAUAAUAAUGCUGUGAAUGUUUAAGAUAUCUUAAACAACGUGAAAAUAUUUUUAAGAUUUAAAUCAGUCAAGUAAGUUAUAUUAUGUCCACAUAAAAUGUUAAAAUCACUUUCGAGUGUUGUCGAUCGUUUAAGCGAUUUUAAAUCGAUUAAAUAUGAUCAAACAGAUAUCAGACAAUAUCUUGAGGUAGAUGUUAAUAAUUUUCAAGGCAUUUGCCCUUUUGUACGCCAAUACUUUAUACAACGAAAAUAAACGUUUUUCAUACUUUUUCAACAGAAAAUUCGAAAUGAGAAUAUAUCCCAUCGACGAUUCAUCAUCCCUUCCCCCCUC